CAUGCAAAUGAAGCAACGCAACCUUGCUGCCUCCGAUCCAGAGCGUGAGGAGGAGGACCAGGAAUACACUCAUGUUCCCCGAGCUCUAGAAAAAACACCUCAAUGUUAAAACUCCACAAUUAAACAGGCUAGGGGGAGAAAAAAAAAACAACACAAGAGGACAAAAGGCGCUUUCGCAAUUUUUACGCACCAAUCGUGUAGAAAGCAAUAACGGAAUACAAGGGAACGAGACAGAUUCAGUCAAUACUUCCAAUACUGUUAUGAAGCGAGAAUGAGUAACGCAGAAGACAGCGGGAGCAAGUGCUCGUCGGGCCCGAUUUCCAGCUUUACCAUCCAGUCUAUUUUAGGCACGCCGUCCGAUGCGCCGCGCUCCGGGACCAAGGAGCUCUCCAAGGGGCCGCCACCGCCGCCGCCGCGGAGGCGCUCGCUGUCGGUGUCCUCCGAGGAGGAGUGCAGCGGCGGGGAGGACUCAGCGGACUGCUUCUGCUCCGACACGGGUCACAGCGAGCCAUGCACCCAGCACCAAGCGCACAACUUCUCAUGUUUAGGUCCAGCUAAAGGACUCCUGUCUGGCAAUGACGGGCUCGCGCGGCGGCCGCACCUGCCGCAGCCUCUGCUGCAGGAUUAUAAGGAGGAGCAGGAAAGACCGUGCCAUCAAAUGUCACCUCUGUCCGAGGAGAGACAGACGGACGGUGCGGACAAGCAGGGCAACUCGGCCAAGAAGAAGACGCGCACGGUUUUCUCCCGGAGUCAGGUGUACCAGCUGGAGUCCACCUUCGACAUGAAGCGGUACCUGAGCAGCUCGGAGCGGGCCUGCUUAGCCUCCAGCCUGCAGCUGACGGAGACUCAGGUCAAGACGUGGUUUCAGAACAGGAGGAACAAAUGGAAACGGCAGCUCUCAGCUGAACUGGAGGCGGCCAACAUGGCCCACGCCUCCGCACAGACACUAGUGGGGAUGCCGCUGGUUUUCAGAGAUAACUCCUUACUGCGCGUUCCAGUUCCGCGGUCUAUCGCCUUUCCGACGCCCCUGUAUUACCCGGGGAGCAACCUGCCAGCGUUACCUUUAUACAACCUGUAUAACAAGAUUGAAUAUUGAUUGACUCUACUGUAUGUUCACCACUGCAGUCCACGUUAAAAAAAAGCAUUACAAACAUUACAAAACAAUACAACAUUCUUAUAAGUGUCUCCACAUAACCCCUGUAUAUUAAUUGUAUCACUUUAUUUGUUGAGGAAAUUCUUAUUAUGCAGCAACUGUGCGUCUCAUAAGAAAGCAAUCAAGCUUCCCUAUAUGUAUAAAAUACACCAUGUGUAUAAUUAAUUACAAUAAUUUUGUACUUUUAUUUUAUUUUUCUUGUUCUCCUUUAACAGAUAAAACAAUGGAGUUUAGCCUUCAUAUCUCAUCCAAUGCUUUCAGACCGUUUUUAUUCAUAAUUGUUUUGUCAAAGAUAUUGCAAAGCAUCAGUCAUUUUAUUUCACCUGACAGGAAACUAAUGCUGACAGGGAAAAAAACAUAAUUCCUCCAUUUAAGGAAAAAUAUCAUUGUUUCUAUUGUAAUUUAGAUCUUCAAUAAUAACCUUCUCAUUCAAUAAAUUUUCUAUUUCAGUGAAAGUUGGGCUUGCUUGGUUUUAUUUUAUGCACUGUUUUUGUAUACUUACAUUUUUAAACUUAACCACUGACACAACUGCAUUUUUUUAAAAACAGGAGGUACACACUUAAAGCAACUGUAAACAUGACUUAUGUUAAUUUUAACUCUGUUGUGUUGACACUUCUCGUCCCCUGAAGAGCAUACAAACAGUGGGACAACACAAACACAUUUUACAACAAGGUAUUCUACUGUAAUAGUAAUAAUCUCCAUAAUGUUAAAGGCUCAUAAGUCAGAUAUAAAUGGAAUAUUUUUGUUGUAAUGGUGCCGUAAUUCACACAUGCAAGGUUUUUAUUAGAGGCGCUUUAAACUAAGAACAAUUGU